AUGCAGAGGCAGUUAAGCAACGUCAGCAUACAUUCCUAUCAAGAUUACCAGCCCAGCAGACGAUAUGGGCAACAAUAUGAGCCAGGCGGCUACGCCAGCGCAGUGCAGCAGCGUAGCAACAUGACCCAGAGGGAGGACGCCCUCAAAUUCGAGCAGGGCCGCAUCAGAGCCCUCCAAGAGGAGCGCUUGCACAUACAGAAGAAGACUUUCACGAAAUGGAUCAACUCAUUCUUACAGAAGGCCCGCAUGGAGGUGGAGGAUCUCUUCGUGGACCUGGCAGAUGGGAGGCGGCUGCUCAAGCUGCUGGAAAUCAUCAGCGGCGAGAGACUGCCCAGACCGAACUCGGGCAGGAUGCGGGUCCACAAGAUCGAAAACGUCAAUAAAUCGCUCAGUUUCUUACACACGAAGGUCAGACUGGAAUCCAUUGGAGCAGAGGACAUAGUGGACGGUAACCCUCGUCUCAUCCUGGGUUUGAUCUGGACCAUCAUCCUCCGAUUCCAGAUUCAAGAAAUAGAGAUAGACGUUGACGAAGAGAAUGAGUCGUCCGAGAAGAAAUCAGCAAAGGACGCCCUUCUUCUAUGGUGUCAGCGGAAGACGAGCGGCUACCACGGUGUCCACAUUCACAACUUCACCGAUUCUUGGCGAUCCGGUUUGGGUUUCAACGCGCUUAUACACGCACAUAGACCAGACCUGUUCCGCUGGACGGAAGUACCCACGAGUGACCACGUGGAGACCCUCAACCAUGCCUUCGACGUGGCUCACAAGAACCUGGGAAUUCCCAAACUGCUUGAUGCAGAAGACGUGGACACUACACGACCCGACGAGAAAUCUGUAAUGACCUACGUCGCUAGCUACUACCACACUUUCGCGCGAAUGAAGAACGAACAGAAAAGUGGAAGAAGAAUUGCCAACAUAAUCGGCCAAUUGAUGGACUGUGACGCGAGAAAAGCGGAGUACUGCAGACUCCUCACUGCCUUACUUGAGUGGAUUCGUCUCAAGAUAACCGAACUGAACUGUCGGGACUUCCCCAAUUCCUUGGACGGCAUCCAGCGUUUGUUACUCGCCUUCAAGCAGUACAGAACUGUGGAAAAACCACCUAAAUAUAAAGAGCGUUCAGAGAUUGAGGCGUUAUACUUUGGAAUUAACACAAUGCUAAAGAGCCUAGUCGGUGAAGCGUGGGCACCUCAAGAUGGACAGCUGCCACAAGACCUGGAACGUGCUUGGCAACAACUAGAACAGGCAGAACAUGCGCGUGAGUUGGCGCUGCGAACGGAAUUAUUGCGACAACAGAGAUUGGAACAGCUAAACUACAAAUUUAAUACUAAAUCGGUCCUUCGUAAAGGCUACCUCAAGGAGAUGAUCCAGGUCCUGUCAGAUCCACGCUACGGCUCCAACUUGUCACAAGUGGACGCAACUGUCAAAAAACACGAAGCAAUCUCUGCUGAUAUUCUGGCAAGAACCGAACGUUUCGAAGAUCUAUCCGCCAUGGCGGCGGAACUUGUCCGGGAGAAUUACCACGGCGCUGAAGCUGUAUCCCGGACAGAGCAAGCUGUCCUCACCCGCUGGCGUGAACUCCUGGAACUGCUGGAGCGGCACAGGGCUUCGCUGUCCCGUUUGGCGCAUUUGAUGGCGUUGCUGAGGGAGGCUGAUGCUGUAGCACAUACCCUCGCUGAGAUGAAGGCCCAAUUCGAAUCGGAAGAGGUCGGCCGCCAUCUUGUCGACGUGGAACGCCUACUACAAGCGCACGCGCUGCAAGAGUUACAACUCGGCGCUUUGGACGAAAGCAUACAACGCUUAGUGCGGCAGGGCAGCGCCGUCGAAGGCUUGCAGCAAACGCAGCAGCUCCAGCAUCAGCUGCAGACGCUCACAAACAAUUACCAGAGUUUGGUCGCAGCAGCAAAAGACCGAAAGGCGAGAUUGGAAGACGCGAGGAACCUGUACCAGUUCUUGGAAGACCAUGACGAGGAAGAAGGUUGGGUAAUCGAGAAGCAGCGUAUAUGCCGUGCCGAAGUAGCUGCCAAGGAGCUGCGCGGUGUCCUGGCUUUGAGGCAGAAGCAUACUGCUCUGCUGCACGAGCUGCGCGCCAGAGAUCUGGUCGCGCAGCGGCAUCGAGCGAAAGGGCAGAGUCUAAUAGACGCGAAACAUCCGAAGACCGCUGAAAUAGAGAGACGCUUGGCAGCACUGAGCGAACAGUGGGAGAUAUUGCGAAAAUUGGCCAACGACAGAGAUAAGAAAUUGGCCGACGCGGCUGAGGCUCACCAAUUCUAUGGAGACGCGAACGAAGCAGAAUCUUGGAUGAAGGAGAAACGCGCGCUGGUAGCCAGCGACGAUUGCGGUGUAGACGCACCUGGUGCUGCCGCUUUACUGGCUCGGCAGAAGAUUGUCCAUGAUGAGUUAAGGGCGUAUAGAGAAGAACUGGAGACGCUACGUGCAGCAGCAGAUAGAUUAGAAGCAGCUGGAAUCCAUACACUUCAAUUACCAACAGAAGUAGAGCCUAGCGGAACCGUAGAGAGCGAAGAAGAAUGGGGAAGCGAGACGAGAUUAGUGCCUACAGAAGUGUGGGAGGAGGAACCAGUCGAAAGACUGGAGCACAGAACCGUCACAGAGGAAAGGAGUGUACCACAGGUGAAGGCGUUGUACGCGUUCAGCGGCCAAGGAAUAUCGAUGGCAAAGGGGGAAGUCAUGUUCCUGAUAAACAAGACCAACCCGGAUUGGUGGUCUGUUCGCAAGGCGGAUCGCACCGAUGGCUUCGUUCCCGCCAAUUACGUGCGGGAAAUCGAACCUAGGCUAGUUCCGGUCCAAGUACGUCGCGCAGAAAAAGUGCGGACCGUCCAACGAGUGAAGAAGACUGUGCUAGUCAAACAGGUCGUCCCCGUCAGACGUAACGUGUUAACGCGCCGCCGUGGGACCGUCCACCAGGCGCCUCCAGUCCCACCCGUGGGCGAGAGGAUGAAUCACAUUGAUGCCCAUUACGCCGAACUGCUACAACUAUCCGAAGCGAGACGAGCUCAAUUAGAAGACGCCAUCAAGCUGUACAGCUUCUUCGCGGAGUGCGACGACUUCGACAAAUGGAUGAAGGAGAAGGAACGGAUGCUCAGAACAGAUGAUAAAGAUGACAGCGUUGAUAAAGCCAAGAGGAAGUAUGAGAAAUUCGUUACCGACCUAUCAGCGGCCUCGAAGCGUCUAGAACGAAUCGACGCUGCAGCCGAAGAACUAGUUGCCGCUAAGCAUAGCCAAGCUGCUAAGGCUACAGCACGGCGACAGCAACUGAGACAGCAGUGGGAGAGACUGCUGCGGCUGAAGCAGCAGAAGGAGAAGAGUUUAGAAGGCGCUUCGAGCGUGGAGCUAUUCAACCGAACCUGCGACGAAGCGCUGGACUGGAUGUGCGAGAAGGAGCAACAGCUGGAAAUCUCAUCAGCGCCAGCUGCAGAUUUGCGCACCGUCCAGGCGUUGCAGCGGAGGCACGCGCAGCUUGAGAGAGAAUUGGAGCCACUGCGGGAGAAAGUCCAUACUGUCACGUUGCUGGCUGAUUCUGUUAAAUCCCAAUACCCAAGCGAGCGCUCAAAUGUGGAAGGGCGUCAAAAGGAGAUUGAAAGUAUGUGGGUUCGAUGCCACGCGCAGGCAGCCGAACGUCGCAGUAGAUUGGAGAGUGCUGUCGGGCACCAGAUCUUUGGCAACAGCAGUGCUCAGCUGCAGGAUUGGGUGCAGAAAGUUCGUGCACAGAUAGCAUCAGAUGCGACAGCGAAGGACGUGGCCACGGCUGAAGCGUUGGUGAAGCAUCAUCAGGAACUACACGAUGAUAUCAAAGCCCACGAUGAUGAAUUCAAAGAAGUAAUCGGUCUAGGCAAACAACUUCUCGCAAACAACCCAACACUUACUGACGUCAGAGACAGAAUUCAUCAGUUAGAAGACGAACAGAAAGCGACACACAGAGAAUGGCAAGAAAAGGACCAAUACUUGAAACAACUUCUUCAGCUCCAGAGCUUCAAUCGUGAGGCUGAUCAAAUUGAUGCCUCCAGUGGAGCUCAUGAGGCAUUCCUUGAUUAUCAGGAAUACGGGUCAUCAGUUGAUGAGGCGGAAACGUUAGUGAAGCGUCAAGAAGAGGCAGAGGCACGCUUGGCCGCGCAGGACGAGCGCGUUACAGCGUUUGCUCAGCGUGCUACUGCACUAGCCACACAGAAACCGGAACAUUAUGCUACUGAACAUAUAUUAGCACGCCGCGCUGCCGUACUUCAACGUCGCGAGAAAGUUAGACACGCGCUGGCUGAGAGACGUCGGGCCCUUCUUGCCAACUUAGCCCAUCAACAGUUUGUAGCGUCAACAGAAGAACUACAAGCGUGGAUACAAGACAAGACGCAAACGGCUAACGACCAGAGCUACAGAGAACUUGCGAAUUUGGAGAGAAAGCUACAAAAGCACGAAGCUUUCGAGCGAGAGUUGCAAGCUAACGAAAAACAGCUUCGAAAUGUUGAAAGUAUUGGCCAGUCACUCCAAAAAUCAGACCCAAGUCGUGCUGCCAACAUAGCUGAAAGGUUGGACAAGCUGCAAAGCGGUUGGGAGCAACUAGUCGCUGCUUCGAGAGACAAGGGCAGCAAGCUGAGACAAGCAUCUCAGCAAAGACAGCAUAGACGAGCGGUAGAGGACGCCAAAGCUCGCCUAGCCGACCUCGAGAGAGAACUGAACAGCGAAGAGAUAGGAACCGAUUUGAGAAGCUGCAAGAGACUACUAAACCAACAUCAGGCUUUAGAACAAGAAUUGACGCAAAUGGAGCAACGGGCUGAAGCCCUGGCGGUGCAGGGCGCUGACUUGGUGUCAGGUGGACACUUCGACGGUGCGGCGAUACAGAGGGAUUGUGUUGCACUGCAGGAGGCCUGCGCGGCGCUUCGCCCCCGUGCUGUUGAGCGGAGGAAGGCGCUUGAAAGCAGCUUGCAACUGCACAAGCUAGCAGCCGAAGUAUCCGGUGAGAUAGCAUGGGUUGACGAACGACGCGCUGCAGCGUCAUCCACAACUCUACCACAAGAUCUCCACGCAGCUCAAACAGCUCAGAAAAAGCACGCCAAGUUACGAGCUGAACUCCACGGUAGGAGGCCGUUGGUCCAACGAGUCUUGGAGCGUGGACAGCAGCUGCCGAAGAACCCUCAAGCAGAGAAAAUAAAGCAACUAUGCAAGGAACUCGAAAGCGCUUACACCGAGAUUUCUCAAGCGGCUGAAGAACGCGCUGCAAGAUUGGAAACAGCGCUCAAAGCGCAGCAGUUCCUGCACGACGCUCUGGAAGUGGACUCCUGGUUAGCGGAUAAAGCGGCUGAGUUGGCCAGCGCUGAUGUUGGCAAUGAUAGACACCGUGCUACACAGCUACUGACGAGACACAAGGCUGUAGAAUUAGAAUUGGACACAUACGCGGCCAUUAUAUCAGAAAUGGGUCACGUGGCCGCGGCUCUGGCGGCCAGCGGGGGUCCUGAGGGCGAAGCCCUAGUGGAGAGACACGAACAAUUAGCCGCUAGCUUAGCUAGACUUCAACGCCGGGCUGCGUUAAGGCAGGCCGCUUUAGUCGAGAGCGUGUGCAGACACGAGUACUUGGCUGAGAGCGCGGAACUGGAGAGCUGGAUCCAAGAGCAAUACGGCGCCGCAUCAAGCGAAGACUAUGGGCAGGACUAUGAACAUCUCCUGGUGCUACGGUCGAAAUUCGAAGAGCUCCGACAUCGCGUGGAAAGCGGUGCAGAGAGAUUCAGUCAAUGCGAAGAACUAGCGAAGAAGUUGCUUGCAUCAAACAGUCCGUACAUUGGGGAUAUAGAAGCCAGGCAGGAAGCUCUGGGUGAGUCCUGGCAACGUCUUGUCGAGCAAAUUGAAUCCCGCGCUCGCAGACUACAUGCGGCUGGCGAAAUCCACCGAUUCCAUCGCGAUGCCAGCGAGCUGCUGGCUCGUGCUGCUGACCGGCGGGCACAGCUGAGCGACCCCCCACCACCGAGAGACCUUCGGGCAGCUGAAGCUCUGCUCAGAGACCACACCACUGCUGAAAAUGAUCUGUUAGCUAUUGAUGCGCAAAUGCAGGUGUUACAAGAAGAAGGAUCCCGUCUGCAGAAGUUAUGCCCAGGUGGUAACGAGCAGCAGAUAGCGUUACGUCAGCGAGCGCUCUCCGAAGCCUGGAACUCGCUGCGCGCCGCUGCAGAUGCGAGAAAGACGGUGCUGCAUCAUCAUCACCAACUGCAGCAGCUGCUAUCUGAGAUCCGUGACGUCAUGUCCUGGUCAAGUGAACUGCGCAGUCAAAUGUCCGCCAGCUUAGGCGCAAGAUCCGCCGCCGCUGCGCAGGCGCAACGCGCGCACCAUGACGCAUUGCGGGCUGAAAUCGACGCCAGAGACGACACAUUCAGAGAUGCACUGGCCCAUGGACAACAAUUAGUGGACGAUGGCCAUCCUAAUGCGCAGGAGAUAGAAGAGCGCUGUUCAGCCUUAGUGGACGAACGUGGAAAGCUUCACGCUGCGUGGGCCGCCCGCCAGGUGGCGCUAGAUCAGCUUAUUGACUGGCAUUGCUUCUUGCGGGAUGCCAAACAGUUACACGACUUGUGCAGUGCGCAAGAGGCCGCUUUAAGUACGGAAAUAUCGCCGACUCUAAGCGUUGAGGAGGUAGACAAUUUGCUGAAGAAACACGAAGCCUUUGAAAAACUUCUGGCUACUCAAGAUGAAAAAUUAUCCACACUCAAUACACACGGUGACAAGUUGCUGCAGCAGAACCACGUGGAAAGCCAACGAAUCGCAGAUGAACUAAGAGCCAUCAAUGAGAGAAGGAAAAAGCUAUACGCCGCAGCCGCGGAUCGCAGAGCACGUCUAUUACGGGCACGUGCGCGCGCGCAGUUCAGUCGUGACGCAAACGAAGCACGUGGCUGGCUGGCCGACAAAUUGGCUAUGCUUAACGCCCAACAUGGAGAAGUGAGCAGUCUAGAAGACAAGAUGAAGAAACUGCAAAAGCACCAAGCGUUCACCGCUGAACUGGCAGCUAACAGAGCUCGUCUUCAAGAAGUUGAAGAGCUGGCUAAACAACUUGGUCCGGAGAAGGAAGUGGUCCAAGAGUUGCAGCAGUUGAGAGAAGACUGGAGGCGACUAGAGAAAGCAGCCGAAGAAACUGGUCGCGGUUUGGAAGAAGCUCAAGACAUCCUGGAGUUCAACCAGCAUUUGGAUAAGAUCGAAGCUUGGAUAAGAGAUAAGGAUAUGAUGGUUCAAGCGAACGAAGUCGGUCGUGACUACGAACAUUGCAGUGCGUUACUCCGUAAGCUCGACGACUUAGACAGCGAUAUGCAAGUGGAUGACAAGCAUGUGCGGAACGUAUGCGCGUUGGCCGAUAAACUACUCAAGCAGGGACCAUCCCAACAAGCAGACGUGAUUAAGUCGAGACGUGAUGCUUGUUUGUCCAAGUGGCAAGCGCUAAGCGGAGCCUUGCAGAGAUAUAGGGACAGGUUAUCUGCCGCGCUGCAGUUACAUUCCUUCAAUCGGGAUGUGGAAGACACAGCAGAAAGGAUCGCGAAGAAAGCAGCACUAUUCAGCAGCAACGAACGCGGAAGGGAGCUGCAAGCAGCUUACGAGCUGAAGAGACAAAUCGAAGAAAGCCUCGAAGGUUUAGACGAAGCGUGGAACAAACUGAAAGAACUUGGUGCUAAGAGAAGUGCCUUGUUGGACGAGGCGAUAGCUGAACACAAGUUUGAAGAGAGCCUGAAGGAACUAGAGUUGUGGGUAUCAGAAACGGUCAAGCGUAUGUCUGGCGCUGAACCUGAAAGCGUAUCGCACGCUGAAGCCCUACUUGAGAUGCAUAAUGAAAGAAAAGCGGAAAUUGAUGGUAGACAAAAGGUGAUAAGUUCUCUACAAAAGGAAGCCGAACAAGCAGAUGAGGCCGAAAAAGUGAAACGGGUUGGGAAACUCUCGUCUACGCUUGACCAAGCUUGGCUACAGAGAAAGAACUAUUUAACACAGGCACACGAAUUGCAGCUUCUAAACGAACAAGCCCGCCAAGUUGAGGACUGGCUUGCAGCAAAGGAGGCGUUCCUUAAUAACGACGAUCUUGGUGAAAACUUAGAUGCUGUGGAGACGCUAAUAAAGAAGCAUAUAGAAUUCGCGAAACUGCUAGAAUCUCAAAUAGGCCGUGUCGAGGAGCUAGAGAAGUUCGGUAGCAAUCUUUUGAGCAAGCAACACCAGGACUCGCCGUACAUUGAAACGAGGAUCAAAGCUGUGCGCGCGCGCACCAAUAAACUUAAGGAAAUCUGCGUAAGUCGCGGCAAGAAACUCGAACAGUCCAAACAGCUGCACCAAUUCCUGCGUGACUUGACUCACGAACGAGAGUGGAUUGAACUGAAGAUGCAGAUCGCGAAUGACCACAACUAUAGGGAACUUUCAAACCUUCAGUCGAAAAUGGAGAAGCAGUCGGCUUUUGAAUCUGAAUUAGCAGCAAAUAAACGACGCAUAGAUGACGUAGCUGCUGCUGGAGAGAAGUUAAUAGAAGCGAAACAUUACGCUUCGCAAGAGAUAUCACGGCACAUUGAGGACCUGGAGAAUCUGUGGCAAGAAUUACAGCACGCAGCCAAGAUCCGUCAUGAUAGACUACAAGAAGCGUAUCAGGCAAGAGUUUUCUUGCGAGGUUUGGAUGACUUCAUCUUUUGGCUCGAUGAGGUGGAGACACAACUCCUCAGCGAAGACCAUGGUAAAGACUUGUCGUCUGUUUGCGCUCUAUUGAAGAAGCACACGCGGUUGGAACAAGCGGUGGCCAGCAAAGCGGAGGUCGCGACACAACUGGCCGACACUGCGUCGCAUUUGGCCGACACCGGGCACUUUAUGUCGCAGGAGAUCUUGGAAAAGACCGAACAGGCCGUCAAACGAUACCGCCAAUUACAAGAACCGAUGCAGAUACGCCGCGAUAAUCUCGAAGAUGCUGCUCUGCUGCACCGCUGGGAGAGAGACGCUGAUGAAGAGCUGCAUUGGCUUAAAGAACGCGAAAGUGCAGUACGUUCGGAGGAGGCCGGCGCAACGCUGCCCGAGGCACAAGCCUUACUGAAGAAACACUCGGCGCUAGAAGCCGAGGUCAUUGCCCGUGAAUCAACGAUCAACGCUGUAUGCAGCCGCGCAUCUGCGCUUGCGCGUCGCGGCCACUUCGCGGGUAACGCUCUUGAAGCACGCUCUAGAGACCUCAAAAACGCUCUCAAAACGCUCCUCGAAGCAGCUGCCUUACGAUCCGCUGCACUCAAAGACAGAGUACUGUCCUUGCAGCUUUUAUCAGAAAUGUGGGAAGCCGAAGCCUGGCUAGUGGAACGAAAGACAGCUCUGUCAGGUGGUGACACGGGGAGAGAUGAAGAGUCUGUCUUAGGGUUGGUGAGGAGACUGGAGGCUCAGCAGAGGGAACUUACUGCUUUUCUGCCAAGCAUCGCGCGCUUGGAGAAAGCUUCUCAGGAGCGUGCAAGCGAAGAUGAAGUGGUGAAAAAGAAGAUGGAGGAAGUGAAAGAGCUUUGUGAGGAGCUGAAACUCCUCUCCGCGAAACGCCAGCAAAGACUGCAACAAAGCCUUAAAUACUUCAAGUUCGUCCAAGAAUGCGAAGAAGUACAGGAAUGGAUCAGCGAACAGAUGACGGUCGCAGCCAGCGAGGAGUACGGGCUUGACGUGGAGCAUGUUGACACACUGCAGCAGGCGUUUGACAACUUCUUGCAGCAGCUUCACGCAAGCGAAGGUCGCAUCGAGGCCGUAUGUGAAGCGGGCACUGCUCUUCUAGAAGAGAACACACCAGAAGCGGACAGAGUGAAACAGAAGAUCGAAGAUAUUCGUGGCUUAUGGGACGAUCUUAAAGAACUUGCUGUGGCUAGACAAGAGGCCCUCGCUGGAGCACGCCAAGUUCACGAAUUCGAUCGUUCCGCCGAAGAGACGCUGGCGUGGGUGGCGGAGAAGGAAGCCACUUUGCAGCUUCUAAGACAGCUGCACCAGCUUAAAGCACUUCGAGCGGAUCUGAACGCUAUAAGAGAGAAGCAUGCGCAUCUUCGAAAUGAAGCCGACAGAUUGGGUGCAGCAUUCCCAGAUGCCAAGGAACACGUGCAAGCGAAACUGGAGGACGUCACGGAAGCGCUGGAGGCUUUGGAGGAGAGGGCAGCGCACUCCGAGCAACAGCUGCAAAUCGCCGACCAGUUGCAAGCCUAUUUCGACACUUACCAGGAGCUAAUGGCUUGGACAAACGAAACCAUGGCUCGGGUGACAGCACCAGAACUGGCUGCUGACGUCGCCGCGGCAGAGCGUCUCGUGGCGAGGCAUCGGGAUAUUGCAGCGGAAAUGGACGCGAAGGAUGACGCCUUCCAUACUUUCUAUGCUGAUGGUGAAAAGCUGGUGAGCGAAGGCCACUUCCUCUCAUCCGAGGUGGAAGGUCGAAUGUCCGCAUUGAGGGCGAGACGUUCAGCUCUCACCAGCGCUUGGCAGGCCAGAGCCACGAUAUAUGAACAGCACCUGGAUGCUCUUAUCUUCUUGAGAGAUGCUGAGGCAUUGGACCAAUGGAUCAGUGCCAGAGUGCCGUUAGUACGUGACGGCAAAUAUGGAGACAGCGUGGCUCAAACUGAAGAAUUAAUCAACCGGCAUAGAGACCUGGAGGAAACGAUAGACGCCCAAAAAGACAGAUUCAACGCACUUAAGAGAAUUACCCUGAUUGAGAGGGCGUUCAAGAACCAGAAGGAAGAAGAAGAACAGGCUCGCCGUCGUCACGCGGAACAGCAGGAAGCGGAGCGGGUGCAGCAGGUAAAGAGAAGAGAAAUGGAAAGGAUCGCGGAGGAGAGGAGACGAGAGAGCGGAAGCCAACAGAGUAGACAAGAUGUCCAAAUGAAAAAGUCAGUGCUACCGGUCAGUCAGUCGGCGAACAGCUGA